CCUCCCCCUACCCGGAAGUGGCGAGCGGGGCCUGUGGCGGGCGGCGCUGCGGGGCGCCGGCGCUUCACCGACUGGUUGAGACAAUGGGCACUGCAUAUUAAGCAGGGGUGAAGACUGAAGCCCAUUUGGGGACAGAAUGAGUUUGAAAGAUGCUGAUGGUGCAGUUUGCCAGGCAAAGGCAGCCUAUAGUCUUCAUAUUUACCCCCAGCUCUCAACAGAAAGUGCUCCCUGUUGCAAAGUGACAGCAACCAAGGACAGCACCUCUUCAGAUGUCAUCAAGGAUGUCAUUAGUAUCUUAAACUUGGACGUCUCAAAACAUUAUGUGCUCGUGGAAGUGAAAGAAUCGGGUGGUGAAGAAUGGGUGCUUGAUAUAAAUGAUUCACCUGUGCAUCGAGUUCUGCUCUGGCCUCGCCGUGCUCAGGACGAGCAUCCGCAGAAGGAAGGGUACUAUUUUCUCUUGCAAGAGAGAAACACUGAUGGGACCAUCAAGUACGUCCAGAUGCAGUUGCUUCCCAAGGAGACGGAUGCACGGCGGUUGGUGGAAAGGGGUUUUCUUCCCUGGCAUCAGGAGAACUUUGAUGACUUAUGCAACCUCCCCAAUUUAACAGAGACAACUCUCCUGGAGAAUCUCAAAUGCCGCUUUCUGAAGCACAAGAUUUACACUUACGCAGGAAGUAUUCUCAUUGCAAUUAACCCCUUCAAGUUCCUGCCCAUUUAUAAUCCUAAGUACGUCAAGAUGUAUGAGAAUCACCAGCUUGGGAAGCUGGAGCCUCAUAUCUUUGCCAUUGCUGACGUGGCUUAUCACACCAUGCUCAAGAAGCAGGUUAACCAGUGCAUCGUGAUUUCAGGGGAGAGCGGCUCUGGGAAAACUCAAAGCACAAACUUCUUAAUUCACUGCCUCACAGCACUGAGCCAGAAAGGGUACGCAAGUGGUGUGGAGAGAACUAUUCUAGGAGCAGGACCGGUUCUGGAGGCAUUUGGGAAUGCGAAAACGGCACACAACAAUAACUCCAGUCGCUUUGGAAAGUUCAUUCAAGUCAACUAUUUAGAGAAUGGUAUUGUCCGAGGGGCUGUCGUUGAAAAAUACCUGCUUGAAAAAUCUCGCCUGGUUUCUCAAGAAAAAGAUGAAAGGAACUACCACGUCUUUUAUUACUUGCUACUUGGAGUCACUGAGGAGGAACGUAAAGAAUUUCACCUCAAGCAACCUGAAGAUUAUUUCUACCUCAAUCAGCAUAACUUGAAAAUUGAAGAUGGGGAAGAUCUCCGACAUGACUUUGAGAGAUUAAAACAAGCCAUGGAGAUGGUUGGCUUUCUGUCAGCAACAAAGACCCAGAUUUUUUCAGUACUUUCAGCUAUUCUGUAUUUGGGCAACGUUACAUACAAGAAGAAAGCCACAGGGCGUGAUGAAGGGUUGGAAGUAGGACCUCCUGAAGUGUUGGACAUUCUUUCCCAGCUUCUGAAAGUUAAACGAGAAAUUCUAGUAGAAGUGCUAACAAAAAGAAAAACUGUGACUGCUAAUGACAAGCUCAUUUUGCCAUACAGCCUCAAUGAGGCGAUAACAGCUCGUGAUUCAAUGGCCAAGUCCCUGUACAGUGCUCUGUUUGACUGGAUCGUGCUGCGCAUCAACCAUGCGCUCCUCAACAAGAAGGACAUGGAGGAGUCUGUUACGUGUCUGUCCAUUGGUGUUCUUGAUAUUUUUGGGUUUGAAGACUUUGAAACCAACAGUUUUGAACAGUUCUGUAUAAACUAUGCAAAUGAGCAGCUUCAGUAUUAUUUCAAUCAACAUAUUUUCAAACUGGAACAGGAGGAGUAUAAGAGCGAAGGGAUUGCUUGGCACAAUAUUGACUACACUGAUAAUGUGGCCUGCAUUCACUUAAUCAGCAAGAAGCCCACUGGCCUCUUCUAUCUUCUGGAUGAAGAAAGCAAUUUUCCACAUGCUACCAACCAAACUCUGCUUGCAAAAUUCAAACAGCAGCACGAGGAGAACAAGUUCUUUGUUGGAACCCCAGUGAUGGAGCCUGCUUUCAUUAUUCGACACUUUGCUGGCAAAGUUAAAUACCAGAUAAAAGAUUUCAGAGAGAAAAAUAUGGAUUACAUGAGACCAGAUAUCGUUGCUUUGCUGCGGAGCAGUGACAGUGCUUAUGUCCGGGAGCUGAUCGGCAUGGACCCCGUGGCUGUGUUCCGAUGGGCCGUGCUGCGAGCUGCCGUCAGAGCCAUGGCUGUCUUUGCAGAGGCUGGGCGCCAGAGAGCCCAGAAGGCUGCAGGAGUGGUACGUCAAGGACCCAGAGUUCCCCUUGCAGAACUCCAGACAUCAAAUACACCAGCAGAAAAAGUUUACCGAGACAUGCAUGAACAAAUCAUCGCAAGUAUUAAAGGACUCCCAUGGCAGGGGGAGGAUCCCUGUAAGCUGCUUCGGUCGCUCAGUCGGCUUCAACACCGCUCCCACUUCAUGAAAAGUAGAGGUAUGAAACAAAAGCAGAUCAUUCCCAAGAACUUGCUGGAUUCCAAGUCUCUGAAGCUCAUAGUGAGCAUGACCCUGCAUGAUCGAACGACCAAAUCCCUCUUGCACUUGCACAAGAAGAAGAAACCUCCUAGCAUAAGUGCACAGUUCCAGACUUCCCUGAACAAACUGUUGGAGACACUGGGCAGAGCCGAGCCAUUCUUCAUCCGCUGCAUCCGCUCCAAUGCUGAGAAGAAAGAGAUGCUGUUUGAUGAGAGCUUGGUGCUUCAGCAGCUGAGGUACACUGGCAUGCUGGAGACAGUGCGCAUCAGGAGGUCUGGCUACAGUGCCAAGUACACCUUCCAGGAAUUCAUAGACCAGUUUCAGGUGUUGCUGCCCAAAAAUGCCAAAGCCUCCAAGGAAGACAUCUUUGUUUAUUUGAAUAAACUAAAAUUGGAUGAGAACUACUAUCAAAUAGGGAAAACCAAGGUGUUUAUGAAGGAGGCUGAGCGGCAGAAGCUGCAGGAUACGCUGCACAAAGAGGUGAUGCGGAAAAUCGUCCUGCUGCAGAGCUGGCUGCGGAUGGGUCUGGAGAGGAGGCGCUUCCUCAGGGCACGGCAGGCAGCCGUUGUCUUACGUACCCAGCUGCUUUUUCUGACCAACAAACUACUCCUCUCAAAUCAUCCCCUGCUUUCAGUACCCCUCCCUCACUUGGGAACUCUCUCCUCCAAGGCCUGCUGGCGUUCCCGGUGCCUUAGGCUGGCACUGCAGAGGAGCAGCGCAGCUGUGUGCAUCCAGGCAGCGUGGCGAAGGUACAGGGAGAGAAAAUGCUACCUCCAGCAGAAGAGGAGAGUUUGUCUUCUGCAAGCCAUGUUCAGAGGACAUCUGCAACGUCAAAGAUUUCAGAAAAUGGUCACAGAAAAGCAGAAAGCUGAAGAAAAGCAGAGAGAGAGGCAGGAAGGUCAGGUUGCAGAGAAUGAUACAAGCAAGGAUGAGCACUGUGAACAAACAGACCAGAUGCCUGUGAAACACAAGUCAGAGCUGGAUCAGGGUGCUGAGGACUGUGAUCAAGCCCCAGAUAAGCAGCCUGCAAACGUGAGCUGGUCUGAAAAAGCCCCAGAUGAGCAACUUGCAAACGUGAGCUGGUCUGAAAAAGCCCCAGAUGAGCAACUUGCAAACGUGAGCUGGUCUGAAAAAGCCACUUCCCUCCAGAAGAACGUGCCCGAGAGCGCCGAGAGAGUCCCAAGCAGCCGGGAGAAACGCGAGUCCCGGCGGCAGAGGGGGCUGGAGCACAACGAGUUACAGAACAAGCACGUCCUGCUCUCCUUUGAAGGGCCACCACCCUACCAGGGGGAGCCAACCUCUUCUGAAGGUGCCCUGGAAACUCCUUCAGCCUCAGAGACAUUGGAGGCACAGGAUGCUGUCCUUCAGGGCAGCAGCAAGGGAGAGAGAAGUCCAGGGGAAGAGAAGGCUCUUUCAGACACACCAGCAUCAAGUGAGAUAAAAGAGAGCAGCUCUGUUCCUGAGCAGCCACCUGUGUCAGGAGAUGACAGGACCCUGGACAGGACAGAAAUGAAAGGGAAUCAGAUGAAAGGCAGCCAAAGGCUCCACAGGCUGGAGAGGCCAACACAUCUUGCACUGAACCUGCCCAGCAUGCCGGCUGAAUGCUGGGGAGAGAAGAACAAACGCCUUGUGCAGAAGGCUGCCAAAGAUCUGGAUAGUCCCACUGGUUCCCAAAUCCAGAGAUACGUGGAUGACCCAGGGAAGCUGAAGUACAAGAGAGAGAAGUGGAAAGGGAAGAGACAGUCUGAUGCUGGCCAGAAUGACAUGCUGAGUCAGUCCUUGGAUGAGAGAACACAUGGGGAUAAGUCUCCUCAGAAGCAGCUGGAAAAGAAGGGGAAUUCAUCUUCAUUAAGUGAUCUUUCAACACUGGCCCAGUCUGUUGCUAUGAACCAGCCAUUGCCAGAUACGAUAGAAGAAGGAAAAGGCCCCAAGAAGCAGGCUGUGCAAAAAAGGCCCAGCGACCUCACACCUACCUCAGAUGCAUUUGUUUCCCUGCAGCCCACGAGUCAGCAAAUAGAUGCCAGAUCUGCUUUUAAAAGUCCUCUGCGUAGACUCUUGGGGAAAAAGCCAGACAAGAAAAUUCCAAAGGAGAGUCCUGAUGUGAUUGAUGAAGGAGAAGGCCUCUCCCUUGUAUCUUGUGUCCUCUUUCCAGAGACCGGAGGAACCCUGAAAGUUUCUGAAGCUUCCUCUGGGCAGACGAGUCGCCUGCAGGCCGGGGAGCGCCAUGGGAAGGAGAGCAGCAAGGCGAGGAAGAACCGGACCAUAAAGAUCAGCAAGAUCUCCAGCGUGUCCCAGAACUGGAGAGCCUGCAUGGCCCGCGAGAUUGCCAACGCCAAUGAACUGAAACACCUGGAUGAGUUCCUCUUGAACAAGAUCAAUGACCUGCGCUCCCAGAAGUCUGGUGUGGAAUGUUUGUUUUUUGAAGCCACUGAGAAGUUCAGAGGGAACAUCAAGACCAUGUACUCUGCUCCUAAUGGGCAAAUCCACGUUGGCUACAAAGAUCUGGCAGAAAAUUACCAGCUUCUAGUUACAAAUCUGGCCCAAAAAAGGGAAGAAAAAGAAGUCAAGCUGGUUUUAAAUCUCUUCCAGUCCCUUCUGGAUGAAUUCAUCAGAGGAUAUACAAAGAGAGAUGAAUCUGAGCAGUCCAAGCAGACCAAAGCCCAGAAGAAGAAACGGAAACAAGACCGUGCAAUUGAAGAACACAACGGCCACGUUUUCACAAACUACCAAGUGAGCAUACGACAGUCGUGUGAGCACUGCUGCUCCUACAUCUGGCCCAUGGAAAAGGCUUGUCUCUGCAGUGUUUGCAAGCUGACUUGUCACAAGAAGUGCAUGCCCAAAAUCCAGAGCAGCUGUGUGUCCUGUGGGAAAAAGAAUGAACAGGAUGCAGAACCUCGUCACUUUGGAGUGUGUGUGAGUUCCCUGACCAGUGAGAGGAACUCAGUUCCUGUUGUCAUGGAGAAGCUGCUGGAGUAUGUGGAGAUGCACGGCCUCUACACCGAGGGCAUCUACAGGAAAUCAGGGUCAGCAAAUCGUAUGAAGGAGCUGAAACAGUUGCUGCAAGCAGAUCCAAACUCAGUGAAACUGGAGAACUACCCUAUCCACACCAUCACAGGCAUCCUGAAGCAGUGGCUGCGGGAGCUGCCGGACCCCCUGAUGACAUCCGCCCAGUACAAUGACUUCCUGCGAGCCGUGGAGCUACCAGAAAAACAGGAGCAGCUCUGUGCCAUUUACAGUGUCCUUGAACAGCUGCCACAAGCAAACCAUAACACCUUGGAGCGCCUCAUCUUCCAUCUGGUCAAAGUGGCUUUGAUAGAAGAUGUCAACCGCAUGUCGCCCAACGCCUUGGCCAUUGUUUUUGCACCAUGCCUCUUGCGUUGUCCUGAUCCCUCUGACCCUUUAACCAGCAUGAAGGAUGUUUCAAAAACAACCAUGUGUGUAGAGAUGCUGAUAAAAGAGCAGAUAAGGAAGUACAAGAUAAAAAUGGAAGAAAUAAAUCAGCUGGAGGCAGCUGAGAGCAUUGCUUUUCGACGGCUCUCAUUGCUUCGGCAGAAUACGCUCUGGCCUGUAAAACUUGGGUUUUCUUCCCCUUAUGAGGGGAUGCUGAGCAAAAGCUCCCAGGCCAAAGGAAGUGACAGUGGCAGCUCAGAACUGAACUCGGUGCACGAAGAGGAGGACGUUUCUGAAGCUGAUAAUCGGGAGAAGGAGAUUCUGAUUGGUCGCAUACAGUCAAUAAAGGAAGAGAAGGAGGAUAUCACCUACCGCCUACCCGAGCUCGACCAGCGCGGCUCUGACGAGGAGAACGUGGACUCGGAGACCUCAGCGAGCACGGAGAGCCUGCUGGAGGACAGGGCAGGGCGGGGGGCUACGGAAGCAAUUCUUGGAUUACACUGCUGUGCUCAGAGCUCCAUCAUGCCUGCCAAAGACUUUUGCGAAGUGCCUUCUCUUCUGCAAGCCUCUUCAGACUCUUCUUUUGCAUCCCUGGCUUCAAGACACCGGCCAUCUUUGACGCUGCCCAAGAUGAAAGUGCCCCAUCGAACUCCGGUGAUGCCAACAGCAAAUAUAAAACUUCCUCCUGGGAUUUUCAAAUGUACAGAAGGAUCUCAGGGCAGGAUUUCUGCUAAGGAGGAGACUCAGGUACUGGUGAGACGAAGGGAGCAGCCAGCAAGGCGGAUGGACAAAAUCCACUCUGUUUAUGUGGCACAUGGCUCUGCAGCAGCCCAGGAGCUCUCAGGAGGAUGUGAACCAACAGCCAAGGUUCAGCGCAGGUUUUCAGACCCCUACUCUCACCUUCCCUGUCUGGAGCAGUGAAGUUCUGGAGCUGUCAGAACCUUUUCUGAAGUUGAGUGCAGCUGUGGCUUUAACCCUUUGGAGGCUGUGAACUUGUUCUUAAGAACAAGUAUACAGUACUGCGUGCACGUGUACAGUACUGUAAGGGUUAAGCAAGGCUGUUUGAAACAAAGAUUCUUUACCUUAGAUUAAAACCCUGCAAAGAAAGUAGAAGAUAAGCCUGGUGGAGGAAAAUACAGGAAUUUGAGUGCGCAGGAAACGAGACAGUCCCCAGAUUCUGCUGCCGUGCCUUUUUCCAGUUGCCUUACAAUGGGGUCCAAUGGGACCAGCUAUGACGUUUUGGGUCAAUUUGUGUUGCCUUAAUAUUUUUUUUAAUGUUUUUAUGACCAAUUUCUGUGUGGUUUACAGAACUGUUAAUGUUGUAAUAGCCUUAACUGAGACCAAAAUACAUAAAAACGUUUAUUAAUACA